AUGGAGAUGGCGGACGAUAUUCAGAGUAUUCCACGUUUGGAAAUGCUAUGCAAGCAAAUGUACGAAUCAAGGGAUGCUACUCUUUGUGUAGAAGCCGAAAAAGCUUUGGUUUCAUUUCAAAAUAGUAAUACCCCUAACACACUAUCAAAGUGUCAAUUGCUAUUGGAACGAGCUGAUUCACAUUAUUCUCAACUAUUAGCGACUACCACUAUAACUAAACUUUUAUCACGCACACCAUUAACUUUAAAUCUUGAUCAAAGAAUACAAAUCAGAAAUUAUAUUUUGAAUUAUUUGGCUACUCGUCCUAAAUUGCCAUCAUUUGUAGUCCAAGCACUUGUAUUGUUAUUUGCAAAAAUUACUAAACAAGGAUGGUUUGAUGGAGAAAAAGAUUCCUAUGCAUUUAGAAAUGUUGUAUCUGAUAUUUCAGUAUUUUUACAAGGAACGAAUGUUGAACAUUGCAUGAUUGGUGUACAACUAUUAUCUCAGUUAACAACUGAAAUGAACACUGUAGCUGAUGUUGAAUCUCACCGAGCUGUUUUAAAACAUCGAAAAGUGGCUUCAUCAUUCAGAGAUACACAAUUAUUUGAAAUUUUUCGAAUGUCAUGUCAAAUGUUACGGGGUGCUAAUAAUAAUCGAAAAAAUUUAAAUUUCACUGAUGAAACCCAACAUGGAUUCAUGUCUCGAUGUCUACAGUUAGCUCAGAAUUGCUUAACCUAUGAUUUUAUUGGUACAACUUGUGAUGAAUCGGCUGAUGAUAUUUGUACUGUUCAAAUACCCACAGGUUGGCGACCAGCAUUCCUCGAACAAUCUACUUUAACACUAUUUUUCGAUCUCUAUCAUUCCCUGCCACCUAGUUUGUCAAGCCUAGCUCUAUCAUGCUUGGUGCAACUAGCGUCAGUCCGACGUUCCUUAUUUAGUACUACUGAAAGAGCUAAAUUUUUAUCUCAUUUAGUAAAUGGUGUCAAAGAUAUUCUACUUAAUCCUCAGGGUUUAGCCGAUUCGAAUAAUUACCAUGAGUUUUGUCGUUUAUUAGCAAGACUGAAAUCAAAUUAUCAGCUUGGAGAACUUGUGAUGGUUGACACUUAUCAAGAAACUGUUGGUCUCAUUGCUAAAUUUACUGUUGAAAGUUUACAGGUAUACCAAUGUGCUCCAAACAGCUUUCACUAUCUGUUAAGUUUUUGGCAACGAAUGGUAGCAUCAGUACCUUAUGUCAAAGCUGCAGAACCUCAUUUAUUGGAAACUUAUACUCCUGAAGUUACCAAGGCAUACAUAUCAUCCAGGAUAGAAAGUGUUACACUCAUUGUAAGAGAUGGAUUGGAUGACCCAUUAGAUGAUUUCACUAAUGUUCAACAACAGCUUGAGCAGUUAUCUGUGAUUGGCAGAUGUCAUUAUCAAAAAACAUGCUCAUUAAUUGCUCAGUUAUUUGAUCAAUCAGCUACCAAUUAUCAAGAAAUUAUUGCUUCGGCUUCUGCUUCUAUUUAUGAUCUGAAGAUUCAAGAAGGUCGUUUAACUUGGUUGGUAUAUUUAAUUGGAGCAGCAAUUGGAGGUCGUGUAACAUUUAAUAGUAAUGAUGAUGGAGAUGCAAUGGAUGGAGAAAUGGCUUGUAAAGUUCUACAGUUAAUGACUUUUAGUGAUUCAAGGCUGCCUCAAGGAGGUUAUGAAAAAUUAGAACAUUCAUUUUUAUUUUUCUUUGAACAAUUUCGAAAAAUCUACAUCGGUGAUCAAGUACCUAAGAAUUCAAAGGUCUAUCGACGAUUACACGACGUCCUUGGUAUUAGUGAAGAGCACAUGGUUCUCAGCAUUUUUAUGAGAAAAAUUAUAACAAAUUUAAAAUUUUGGUGCUCCAGUAAUACAGUAAUUCAAAAAACAUUAGCUUUAUUGAAUGAUCUUUCAGUUGGUUUUUCUAGUGUUAGAAAAUUAGUAAAACUUGAUGAAAUUCAGUUCCUAUUAAACAAUCAUACAAGUGAACAUUUUCCUUUAUUGGGUAACACUUUUAGUGUUAAAGAUAUGAGACAUCGAUCAUCAUUUUAUACAUCAUUAGGUAGACUCCUUAUGAUUGAUUUAUUGGAAGAUGAAGAUAAAUUUGAUAAUUUUAUGAUACCUCUAACAGCAUCCGUUGAGUCAAUAGGAGCUUUAUUAGCUACAGUUAACGGUGUAAACGAUACAUCUGUAUAUUCAAAUAUUGAAGCCAAAAAAGCUCUAAUUGGCCUCAUUAGAGACCUUAGAGGCUUAGCUUUUUCAUUCAAUACUAAGACAUCAUUUAUGUUAUUGUUUGAAUGGUUAUAUCCUUCAUAUACACCAAUUUUACUGCGUGCAAUGGAACUAUGGUAUGCUGAUCCUGAAAUUACAACUCCGUUAUUAAAACUGUAUGCAGAAUUGGCUUUAAAUCGUUCACAAAGACUUCAAGUUGAUGUGUCUUCUCCAAAUGGAAUAUUAUUAUUCCGUGAAGCUAGUAAAGUUGUCUGUACUUAUGGGAAUAAUAUUUUAAAUCUUGAUGUUCAACAAGAUAUGUUAUAUAAAAAAAAGUUAAAAGGAAUAUCUAUUUGUUUUUCAAUGUUAAAAGCAGCAUUAUGUGGAAACUAUGUUAACUUUGGUGUUUUUAAACUUUAUGGUGAUGACACUUUAGAAAACGCUCUUAAUAUAUUUGUAAAAUUAUUACUGUCAAUUCCUCUGAGUGAUCUUAUGCAUUAUCCGAAAUUAUCGCAAACAUAUUAUGGACUACUUGAGUGUCUUGCUCAAGAUCAUAUGGAGUUUUUAUCAACUUUAGAACCUCAAGUAUUUUUGUACAUACUUUCAUCCAUAUCUGAAGGACUGAAUGCAUUAGAUAUGUCUAUAUGCACAGGAUGUUGCACUACUCUCGAUCAUAUUGUUACUUAUGUGUUUAAGCAAUUAUUAUUAAAAGGUAAAAAAGUGAGGCGUCGCAUGCAACAAGUAAAUGAAAUUUUUUUACGCACUCUAGAAACACAUUUAGGUGUAUUUAGACAAAUCUUACAGACUGUACUCAACAUAAUCAUAUUUGAAGAAUGUAGAAAUCAAUGGUCAAUGUCCAGACCGCUUCUUGGACUUAUACUACUUAAUGAAGAGUAUUUUAAUCAACUAAGGGAUGUUAUUUUACAAAGCCAACCAAUUGAUAAACAAUCAGCAAUGGCUCAAUGGUUUGAAAUGUUGAUGGAAGGAGUUGAACGAAAUUUAGCAAGCAGGAAUCGAGAAAGGUUUACUCAAAAUCUAUCAUCAUUCAAAAAAGAAUUGACUGAAAAAGGAUCAGCAAUAUCUAUGAAUUCUGUUAAUAAUGAAGUCAUGAUAACCACAUAA